GCCGCGAUGUUUUUCGUGGCAAAAUCAAUGCCCAGCAUCCGUCCGUAGAAUAGCCAAAGCUCCCCUUCUCACUGUCGAUCCCAAAACCCCCCUCCCACUCUUCGUCCUUUUCCUUCCCAGAUCCACCUCCCAGAUCUGCCGGUGGGGGCAUGGCUUCCCCCUCCCCGGAAGCCGCCGCCGACUCCCGGCUGACCAGCCUCCUCAUCCCCGCCCUCGAGAAGAUCAUCAAGAACGCUGCCUCCUGGCGCAAGGGCCACUCCAAGCUCUCCCACCAGUGCAAAUCCCUCAUCGACAAGCUCUCCUCGCCGAGCACCACCGCUUCUUCCUCCGCCGAGCCCCCCUCCCCUAAUUCCUCCUCCUCCCUCCCCGGCCCCCUCCGCGACCUCUCCCUCGCCGACUCCGAAUCCAUCCUCUCCCCUCUCGUCUCCGCCCUCUCCUCCGGCUCCCCCAAGAUCGUCGAGCCCGCCCUCGACGUCGUUCAGAAGCUGAUCUCCCACUCCUACCUCCACGGCGAGGCCGACCCCUCCGCCGGCCCCGACGCCCGCCUCCUCGCCCAGCUCGUCGACGCCGUCUGCAAUUCCCUCUCCCCCGGCACCGCCGGCUCCAGCGACGAUGCCUUGGAAUUACUCGUCCUAAAAACUCUCCUCUCCGCCGUCACCUCCACUACCCUCCGCAUCCACGGCGACGCCCUCCUCCACGUCGUCCGCACCUGCUACGAUCUGUACUUAGGGAGCAAGAAUUCCGUCCACCAGACCACCGCCAAGGCCUCCCUCAUCCAGAUGCUCGUCAUCGUCUUCCGCCGCAUGGAGGCCGACUCCUCCACUGUCCCCGUCCAGCCCAUUGUCGUCGCGGAGAUGAUGGAGCCCGCUGACCGCUCUACGCCCGCCAAUGCCGCUGCGGACGUUAGCUUUGUCCAGGGGUUCAUUACCAAGAUUAUCGGCGACAUCGACGGCGUGCUGAACCCGUCAACGCCGCUGAAUAGGACCACUUCUUCCACCGCGGGGAGUGGGGCACAUGACGGGGCGUUUGAAUCUACAGCGGUGGAGAGCACGAAUCCGGCAGAUCUGCUGGAUUCGACUGACAAGGAUAUGUUGGACGCCAAGUAUUGGGAGAUCAGCAUGUACAAGACGGCACUGGAAGGGAGGAAGGAUGAGUUGGGGGUGGACGGGGUGGCGGUGGAGAGGGAGGACGAUGCGGAGGUGCAGAUCGGGAAUAAGCUGAGGAGAGAUGCGUUCUUGGUGUUCCGGGCUUUGUGUAAGCUCUCGAUGAAGACCCCUCCCAAGGAUGCGGCAGCAGAUCCUGCGCUGAUGAAAGGGAAGAUUGUGGCUUUGGAAUUGCUCAAGAUCUUGUUAGAGAAUGCUGGAGCUGUGUUCAGGACCAGCGACAGGUUUUUAGGUGCUAUUAAGCAGUAUCUAUGCCUCUCACUUUUGAAGAACAGUGCUUCAACUCAUAUGAUUGUUUUUCAGCUGUCUUGUUCAAUUUUUAUGAGCCUGGUGUCAAGAUUUAGACCUGGAUUAAAGGCAGAGAUAGGAGUCUUCUUUCCCAUGAUCGUUCUUAGAGUUUUGGAAAAUGUUGCUCAGCCUAAUUUCCAGCAGAAGAUGAUCGUGCUUCGAUUUUUGGAGAAGCUGUGUGUAGAUUCUCAAAUCUUGGUUGAUAUAUUCAUUAAUUAUGACUGUGAUGUCCACUCAUCAAACAUAUUCGAAAGGAUGGUAAAUGGCCUACUUAAGACUGCUCAAGGGCCGCCUCCAGGUGUUUCUACUACAUUAGUACCACCACAGGAUACUGCCAUGAAAAGUGAAGCAAUGAAAUGCCUAGUGGCAAUUUUGAGAUCCAUGGGAGAUUGGAUGAAUAAGCAACUUAGAAUACCAGAUCCUAAUUCUCCUAAAACAGAAAUAGAGGAGAAUGACGCUGAAAGUGGAAAUGAACUCCCACUAACAAAUGGCAAUGCAGGAGAGGAAACUGCUGAGGCAACCGAUUCACAGUCUGAAGCAUCAAAUGGGAUUCCAGAAGCAGUAUCAAUUGAACAGCGUAGAGCAUACAAGCUAGAGCUUCAGGAAGGUAUUUCUCUUUUCAAUCGAAAGCCCAAGAAAGGAAUUGAGUUCCUUAUCAAUGCGAAGAAGGUAGGUGACUCACCAGAGGAGAUAGCUGCUUUCCUUAAAAGUGCGUCCGGCUUGAACAAGACCUUGAUCGGUGAUUAUUUAGGAGAGAGGGAGGAGCUAUCCCUUAAAGUCAUGCAUGCAUAUGUAGAUUCAUUCGAUUUUCAAGGGAUGGAGUUCGAUGAAGCAAUUAGAGCCUUCCUCCAAGGCUUUAGGUUGCCUGGUGAGGCACAGAAGAUCGAUCGGAUCAUGGAGAAAUUUGCUGAGCGUUACUGUAAAUGCAACCCGAAAGUCUUUACUAGUGCAGAUACAGCUUAUGUCCUUGCUUAUUCGGUGAUAAUGCUUAAUACUGAUGCCCAUAACCCUAUGGUCAAAAACAAGAUGUCCCCGGAUGACUUCAUUAGAAAUAAUCGUGGUAUUGAUGAUGGAAAGGAUCUGCCUGAAGAAUAUAUGAGAUCCUUGUAUGAAAGAAUUUCCAGAAAUGAAAUCAAGAUGAAAGAAGAUGAUUUUGCACCCCAACAACAGCAAGCUACAAAUUCAAACAAAAUCCUUGGGUUGGAUAGCAUAUUGAAUAUUGUUAUACGCAAGCGUGAUUCACCUAUGGAGACGAGUGAUGAUCUCAUUAGGCACAUGCAAGUGCAGUUCAAAGAAAAGGCUCGGAAAACUGAGUCUGUGUACUAUGCGGCAACAGAUGUGGUGAUCUUGAAGUUCAUGAUUGAGGUAUGCUGGGCUCCUAUGCUUGCGGCGUUCAGUGUUCCUCUUGACCAGAGUGAUGAUGAAGCAAUAAUAUCCCAAUGCCUUGAAGGAUUUCGCUGUGCCAUCCAUGUAACAGCAGCUAUGUCCAUGAAGACUCAAAGAGACGCCUUUGUUACUUCGCUUGCAAAGUUUACGUCGCUCCACUCUGCUGCAGAUAUCAAGCAGAAAAAUAUUGUUGCUAUUAAGGCAAUUCUUUUGAUUGCAGAUGAGGACGGUAACUACUUGCAAGAAGCAUGGGAACAUAUUUUGACAUGCGUUUCUCGAUUUGAACAUCUGCAUCUUCUUGGGGAAGGCGCUCCGCCAGAUGCUACAUUUUUUGCUGUACAGCAAACGGAGCUUGACAAAUCGAAGCAGGCCAAGCCAUCAAUACUUCCCGUUUUAAAAAAGAAGGGGCCUGGGCGAAAUGCUAAUGCCACAUCAACUGCCAGAAGGGGUUCCUAUGAUAGUGCUGGUGUUGGUGGUUUUGCUUCUGGUGUAGUUACCUCUGAGCAAAUCUCCAAUCUUAACUUGUUGGAGCAAGUUGGCAUUGCUGAAAUGAAUCGUAUAUUUGUUCGGAGCCAAAAGCUGAAUAGUGAAGCUAUAAUUGAUUUUGUCAAAGCUCUUUGUAAGGUUUCAAUGGAAGAAUUGCGUUCUGCAUCUGAUCCUAGGGUUUUCAGUCUGACCAAGAUCGUUGAGAUUGCGCAUUACAACAUGAAUCGCAUUAGGCUUGUUUGGUCAAGCAUUUGGCAUGUUUUGUCUGACUUUUUUGUGACCAUUGGUUGCUCGGAAAAUCUUUCUAUCGCAAUUUUUGCUAUGGAUUCCCUGCGGCAGCUGGCAAUGAAGUUCUUGGAACGGGAGGAGCUGGCCAAUUACAAUUUCCAAAACGAAUUUAUGAAACCUUUUGUUGUUGUCAUGAGGAAGAGCAGAGCAGUUGAAAUUAGAGAAUUAAUAAUCAGAUGCGUCUCUCAAAUGGUGUUGACUCGUGUCAGCCAUGUGAAGUCCGGAUGGAAAAGCAUGUUCAUGGUAUUUGCAACCGCAUCAUAUGAUGACCACAAAAACAUUGUACUUUUGGCCUUUGAGAUCAUUGAGAAAAUUUUACGGGACUACUUUCCCUACAUAACUGAAACCGAAACAACCACCUUCACGGAUUGUGUUAACUGUCUAAUUGCAUUCACUAAUAGUAGGUUUAAUAAGGAUAUUAGCUUGAAUGCAAUUGGGUUUCUACGGUUCUGUGCAGCAAAGCUUGCAGACGGGAACAUUGGCUCAAAAUCAAAGGAGAAGGUCUCCUCAAGUAGUGGGCCAUCUUCACCGCAUAUUGUGAAGGAUGGAAAACCAGAUAAUGUGCUGUUCAUUGAUAAAGAUGAUCAUCUCCAUUUUUGGUUCCCAUUGUUAGCAGGUCUGUCUGAACUUACGUUUGACCUAAGACCUGAAAUCAGAAAAAGUGCCUUGCAGGUGUUAUUUGAUACAUUAAGAAAUCAUGGCCAUCUUUUCUCAUUGCCUUUAUGGGAAAAAGUGUUUGAUUCAGUCCUCUUCCCAAUAUUUGACUAUGUAAGGCAUGCUAUUGAUCCUUCUGGAGGGUCUUUACAAGGGCAAGGUUCCGAAAAUGACACAGCCGAACUAGACCAAGAUGCGUGGCUUUAUGAAACAUGCACGCUGGCCCUUCAGCUUGUCGUGGAUCUCUUUGUUAAUUUUUACGAUACGGUAAAUCCGCUGUUGAGAAAGGUGCUCACAUUGCUGACUAGCUUUAUCAAGAGGCCCCACCAAAGCCUUGCUGGAAUUGGAAUCGCCGCAUUUGUCCGAUUGAUGAGCAGUGCAGGGUCGGUCUUUGUUGAUGACAAGUGGCUAGAGGUGGUUUUGUCUUUGAAAGAAGCUGCAGCAGCAACACUUCCUGAUUUCUCGUACAUUUCUUCUGGAGCUUACCUUGAAAGUGUACAAAGAGGUGAAGGGAAUUUAUCCUUUAGGAGAAGUAAUGAGGAAUCUAGGGUUUCAGAAGACGAGGAUGAAUUGGAAGGGGCGGGAUCAAGGAACCUGUACUUUGCUAUCAGUGAUGCAAAGUGCCGUGCUGCUGUUCAGCUUUUACUUAUUCAGGCCGUAAUGGAAAUAUACAACAUGUACAGAGCACAGUUAUCAGUACAAAACACAGUCGUACUCUUUGAAGCGUUGCACGUUGUAGCAUCUCACGCCCACAAGAUAAACAGCGACAGCGACCUCCGGUCGAAGCUGCAGGAGCUGGGCUCCAUGACCCAAAUGCAGGAUCCGCCACUGCUCCGUCUCGAGAACGAAUCAUAUCAGCUAUGCCUCACCCUCCUUCAAACCAUAAUCGUUGACCGCCCCCUCAAUGCCGCCGACUGGGAUGUACAAGUUGAGAACCACCUUGUCAACCUCUGCAGGGAAGUCUUACAAGUAUAUCUUAGCGCUGCAAAACCUUCACAACUGCAGCAGAAAGCUCAUUGGCCGAUUCCUGUGGGGUCGGCCAAGAGAAGAGAGCUUGCGGCACGAGCCCCUCUUGUGGUGGCGACUUUGCAAGCUAUAUGUGGUUUGGGGGAUUCCUCCUUGGAGAAAAACCUCUCUCAUUUCUUUCCUCUUCUUGCUGGCCUCAUAAGCUGUGAGCAUGGUUCAAGCGAGGUACAGGUGGCGCUCAGUGAUAUGCUUAGCACGUGGGUGGGCCCGAUCUUGCUUCAGUCAUGCUGAUCCUUGUUAAUGGGGACGAAGAUGCUAUUCAUGAUGAAGGGCUGUUUUGCGCACACGUUGUUGAUCGUUCUAGUUACCUUUUGAUUUGGAAGCUAGGGUUCAGUCAGAAGGAUGCUUCUUGAUGCUUGUAUCCUAGUUCUAGUUUUCUCUAAAAUUUGUCUGUGAUGAUGAAUUUAAAGUUGGUUUAGUCCUUCCUAUUCUUUUUGAUCCCUUGUACUAGUAGUUCCCCAUUGAGUAUUACGGACCUUACUAUUUAUACCUCUAUAUUCAGUUCACCUUUUUGGGCUCAGUGUUUUCAGUAAAGAUAAGAUAAUCAUCAGUUGUAGGAUCACAUCCAGUGUUGAUUAGUUAUAUGUUGUCCAACUGUAUUAUUGAAGUGAAGAGAAUUUGGGAACCUGAUCAUUGUU